UAUUUAUAAUUAAUACCCUUUACCAUUAUUAUUACCUUACACACCACACCAUGCAUUCUCAAUUCUCACCCUCUUCUCUUCUCUUCUCCUCAGAUUCUUCUUCUUUUUCAAAAUUUUUUUUUCUUUCUCUUUCUCUUUCUCUUUCUCCCACUCGUGCCCUCUCUGUCCACUCCAAUAAUGACUCUCUUUCUACCUUCAUUAUCACUCUUUUCAGUUACUGCUUUUUUUCCUUUCGAAAUUCAAUUCAACUCAAACCCCUUAACACAAGUUUGGAUUUUGGGUUAAUUAUUAGUUUAUUAGUAUUUUUCUGGGUUCUGGGUGUUUCUUAAUUAUCCCUUGUCAGAGACCCUAUUUACUGCCCCUGCCACAGUCUUUUCGUAUGGUAUUCACACCUAACCUCAUUUGCCGCUUCUUCUUUGUCACUUACCAUUACUGUUACUUGUGCCCCCUUCCUUAGUGCAUCAACAAGGACUUCUGCUAUUACUGCCUGCUACUCCUGCCAUUUCUUGUUCUGUCCAUUUCACCUUCUCUCUCCCUCUCUCUCCUCUCUCUCACUCUCUCUCCCUCUCUUCCAUGGCCACCACUCCCACCCUGCGUUCUUCUUCCGUCCCCUCUCUGCCACCUCCCUCCCCCAAAUCCCCGCCGGAGUACCCAGAUUUGUAUGGGAAGCGCCGUGAGACAGCCAGGGUUCACAUGCUCGAGAGGGAAAUCACUUUUCUCGAGGAAGAAUUGAAAUCUGUUGAGGGCCUUCAACCAGCUUCAAGAUGCUGCAAAGAGGUUGCUGAUUAUGUGAUGGCAAACGCAGAUCCUCUGUUACCAACCAGAACCAAGAAGAACAGCCGGUCAUGCCGCUUCUGGAAGUGGCUCUGUGGCAUGCCCUGUUUUAACCUCUCUUGGAUCUGCUGCUGCUGUUGCUGCUGUGAAGGAUUAUCUUUACCACUAAAAUUGCCACGCUGCUGUUGUGACUGCAAACCAUGCAGUUGCAGUUGCAGUUGUCUUCCAUCCAUCAAAUGCUGCUCCUUACCAAAGUGGAGCUGUUGCUGCUCUUGCCCCAAAUCAUAUUUCUGUAAAGAGAGCUGUGGUUUUGGAAAUUGUUGUACUCUCCCACGUAGUUGCAAUUUUGGGUGUCCAACUUGUCCAUCUUGCCCCUCUUGCUGCAGUUGCAAAUGCACCUGCACAUGCUCUUGCCCAAGCUGUCCGAAGGUAAGCUCAUGUUGCUGUUGUACAAAGUCAUGUUGGAGACCAUGUUGUUUAUGUUGCUAGUAUAUUCUUUCCAAAAGGAAAAAAAAAAUCUGAAGCUUUUGUUAUCAAAAUUGCAUUCAUAAUAGCUAGAGUAUAAAUUUUGGAAAUAUAAAGGGUUAUAAAUGUUGUAAGUUAGAUUAUGCACUAUAUGGAUACUCCAAGCAAAUGUAGUAGCUCCGUUUGUAAUCGUGGGUCAGAUAAGUUCGACCCUUUGCUGUUGUCAAUCUCCAAUGUUGCGCGAGUGAAAUGAAAGACCCAAAUAGUAGAAAAUGUCUAUCGAUUACGAUUGCAUGCUUUGAUCAGCUUAAUCAAUGUUUGUUCCAUUGUUUUAAAUGCAGAAAAUUGUUAUAAUAUUAAUCUCUCAGUUUUAAUGAACCUUGAUGACUAAGCUAAAGGUAGUUGAGCUCUUAUUCCAUGGUGUAACGCCCUGUAAGCCUCCUGAAAACACGAUAAGGAUAAAGCGUUUUAUCUCCGAAAACAGAAAAGAAAAAGUGUUUUCUUUUUUGUCUUAUUGAUUUUUUUCCUCCAAGUUUCAAUCCCUGUGGUCCUACCAGAAAGUUGAUGAUCGACUAAAUAAUCAAAUGGCACGGCAGGAAAAUAAGUGAUUGCUGUGAACUACCUUUUUCUGCAUAACUGACAGAGGACACAGGACACAGGAAAUGUCUUUUCAUUUGGUACACCGAUUAGUAGCCAUUCAUGGCCGAGAUCGUUUGGAAUAAGACCCUUCGAAAUAACUAGUAAUUAGUAAUUCAGAGGAAGCGUUAA